AUGGCUGCGAAUUUUGACUCGAAAUUGAAUAUCUCUCAAGGACAAGGAUUUGUAAAAUCCGGAGUUCAAAGGACAUUUAGCCAUCCAUCCAUUGUAUUUUCUCAUGUGAUAUUCCGUUCAGCCGCUAUUUUCUUCUAUGUUUUUGCGUAUUUCUUCACAGAUUCUUUUAUUAUACAUUUUUUAGUUGUUCUCACUUUGUUAUCUAUUGAUUUUUGGACCGUGAAAAAUAUAACUGGACGUCUUCUUGUCGGUCUUCGUUGGUGGAAUUUCGUUGAUGUUGAAGGUAACAAUCAUUGGAGAUACGAAUCAGCAAAGGAUAUGUCCCGCUUUGAUGCUUUGGAACGACGAAUUUUUUGGGGUGCUCUAGUCGCAGCACCAGCUAUGUGGACGAUAUUAGUAUGCAUUGCUUUUGUAACCCUAAAAUGGGAAUGGAUGGUGAUAGCUAUAAUGGGUCUAUUAAUGAAUGGAGCAAAUUUAUAUGGUUAUUUGCGGUGCAGAUGGGGAACUGCCGAUGAAUUCACCAAUUAUAUAUCCAAAAUGGCAUUCCUUUCAGUCUUAUCAAAAUCAAAUGAAUCCCAAUCAAAUCGUCAGUCAUCACAAAUUGUUUAA